CACAGCAGGGCGGCCGCUCAGACUCGGUUCCUGCGAAGAAGAACUGGUGGUUCCAGGCCUGGGUCUUGUCCAUAAACAGCGGGGGCAGCUGUACAGGGAUGCGGUUAGCCGGUUGCACACGUUGUCGCCCCGCCGUGCCUUUGUGAGUCCUGACGGACCGCUGGAGCACCAUGUUAGCCCGGUGCACAUCUGUCGGGCUGUCCGCUUUGGCCGGAGUCGUCCUGCUGCUCUUCGUGUCGGUGUCCACCGUUCAGUCUUCUCAAGGCGACAAGGAGCCGGUGUACCGGGACUGUGUGAAGCAAUGUGUCCGAACCAACUGCACCGGAGUCCGGCUGCGGGGCUUCCAGUCUGCCCAGCCCCACUACAUGGCGCUCACAGGUUGGACAUGUCGUGAUGACUGUCGCUAUCAGUGCAUGUGGACUACUGUAGGCCUUUACCAGGCUGAGGGGUACAGAGUCCCGCAGUUUCAUGGCAAAUGGCCGUUUGCACGCUUUUUGUGCUUUGAGGAGCCGGCAUCUGCCUUGGCCUCUCUGCUGAAUGGCCUGGCUUGCCUCCUCAUGCUGCUGCGCUAUCGGAGCACGGUGCCACGCCAGAGCCCCAUGUACCACACCAUAAACGCCUUCUCCCUAGUGUCUCUUAAUGCGUGGUUCUGGUCCACGGUCUUUCACACUCGCGACACAUAUCUUACCGAGAAAAUGGACUAUUUCUGUGCCACAGCCGUCAUUCUUUACUCUAUCUACCUAUGCUGUGUUCGGACUUUGGGCCUGAGGCGACCAGGGGUGUCCAGUAUGGUUGGAGUCAUGCUCAUCUUGGCCUUUACUUCCCAUGUGUCCUACUUAACCUUUGUCAGUUUUGAUUAUGGCUACAACAUGGCUGCUAAUGUCUCUAUAGGUAUGGUGAACCUGCUGUGGUGGCUCUGCUGGUGUUGGCAGAACCGGCGUACGCUGCCCUACUGGUGGAAGUGCGGCCUGGUGGUCUUUCUGCUUCAUGGUCUCGCUCUGCUGGAGCUGCUGGACUUCCCCCCCCUCCUCUGGGUGUUGGAUGCUCACGCUGUUUGGCACCUGAGCACCAUCCCUGUGCACUUUAUUUUCUAUAGUUUCCUGAUCGAUGACAGCUUGUAUUUACUAAACACAGAGAAGAUGGGCGUCAAAGUGGACUAGGAUUUGGUUAUCAUCUGUUCAGCACGACUGUGCCGGCACACCUUUCCAAUCAGGGCAGCCAAUCACCCCUAUCCAGGAAGUAGCUCUGCCUCCCAGAUAACAUGCAUGCCACCUUUCCUCCAACUGUGACUUCUAUCAGUUUACAUUUUUCUUGUUUUAAAUUUCUUGUAUUUAUUGGGAGAUAAUUUCUCAUUAUUAUUAUUAUAUAUUUUUUAAAAUAAUAAGGAUUGAUGCUUGCAGUACUUACGUACGUUUGCCUUGUACUGACGUGUUCACUGCCCUUCUGCUGCCACCCAUCAUAACUGAAAACUGGAUAUAGGAUACGGCCCAGUGUUCUGUCAGAACAGGCCCCGAUUUUAACGGGGCCUUUACAUCUGUGUGUAGAUUGCAUGUCCAGUUUCUUUACACCCACUUUGACACAAGUGUUUCUCACCAGCUUCAGCCCCAUGGAAGUUCACCAUGCAAGCAAACUUUAAACACACUUGGUUUUUCACAAAUGGCAGUUUGCCGUGGCAGACUAUAGAUGGCACCAAAAUGUCUCUCUCCAGGCCAACACAACCCGCACUGUGUGAUACACAACGUGUGCCAAAAGUGGGGCCGGCAGUUACAGAGUAAUGGCCCCAUGUGAAGAGGCGGAGCGGCCUGC